GUUGUGAUUGGAGUGUCAGCAGUAUAAAGAUAGUGAGUGUCCAAGGUAGUAGUCAUUCAUUUAUCAACCAUUUUGAAGAUUGAAGAUAUUUAACAAGAUUAUGGCUUUGAGAAGUGUUUUGAAGGAACUUCAGCUAAGAAAGAAGAAGUUUUUCCUUGUGGAGUGGCACUGCGACAAAAUGGUCACCGUUGUUGAAGAAAAACACAUCCGUGCUCGAGAUGGUCCCAUUACCAAGGGGAAAGACUACUUCGUAAAAUAUGGAAGCAAAUUCUUGGAAGCAAAUGUUCUUGCUACUGGGACAAAAGAAGAAAUUGAAAAGAUUGAGCUAGAACACCACACUGAAGAUGACCUGCCAAAGGCAGCAAAGGAACCAGCCAAGAAGAGGGGACGAAAGAGAAAACAGGACGGAGACAAAGAAAACGCCCAAAGCAAUAAAAAAAAGAAAACUAAGGAACCAGGAAAAAUGUUAACUGUGACAGACCCACAGCUCCCAAUAGACCUUACGACGGAGUCUGAAGCCCCCCAACCCCUGGAUCUGGAUCCCACUGACCACCCCACUGACCCCAAGCCCCAGGAUCUGGAUCUCACUGACCCCAAGCCCCAGGAUAUAGACCCCACUGAUCCGAAGGCCCAGGAUGUGGACCCCGCUGACCCCUGCCAAAAUUCUUCAUUCAGCUCAGUUAUUCCCAUGCAGAACAUUUUAAAACCGAACCAACAUAAGUCCCCUAACCGCAGCCCACCUUCUCCGCAACCACUAUUUUCUCCCCUCUCUUCUAACCCCGACUAUUACGACUGUGGUAAGUACAUGUACAUUGUAUACUGUACCUUUGUGACUAUAAUUAUACAUACAUAUUUAUUACCUCUAUUUUGUUUUUUUACAGAUAACCAUAAUCCAAGUGAUAUGGUAAUCAGCAACCAAUCAGUCGAGUAUAGUAACAACGAUACUGCUGAGUCCACAGAGCUCCUUCAGGCCAGGCUGGACAUACACGAGCUACAAGAAAGAGUGGGCAUUCUUGAGCACACCCUGACGUCUGUGCUAGAGCGGUUGGAGCAACACGAAGAGCGGUUGGAGCGACAAUGGCAUGUAUCCGCAUCUCAACUGCAGAUGCCAAGCCCCGUCAACCACUCGUACAACCCACCUAUUAACACCUCUUCACCUCAAACCCCACACAGAUUUCUCCAACCCUAUCGAGUACAGCAGCCACCCCAACCCCAAGUACAGCAGCCACCCCAACCCCAAGUACAGCAGCCAUCCCAACCCCAAGUACAGCAGCCACCUCAAACCCCUUCUCAAGCCCAGCAGCCAGUCAACGCAGACCCCAGUCCACUUCCACUGCGCGGAGAGAAGGCCAUGGACUCUGCCUUGCCAUCUUCCGAGAUAAAAAAGGACAGAUUACAAUCAAAAAAAGACACUUUGGCCCAGAACAAAAAAUUUCACUAUGAAAGCAAGGCGCCGACACUGGCGUUGCGAUUGGCGAAACUUACGUAUUUUGGAGAGGACGUAAUGGCCAGGUGUACACCAAAUGGAUGUAGAGACCGACCAGCUCUUCCAAGACAAGAACUCUACGAGCUGAAGUCGGAGAUAUUUAGACUAUUCCCAAUUUACUGGUGCAAUCCAGUGGGAUUUGAAGCUCUAUGGGGAAAUUGUUUGACAGCAAUUGAGCAAGGCUGUAAAAGAAUGAGGAGAUCGGCUCUAACAAAUCAAGUGAAUUAA